AUGGCACUGACUACAGAGGAGGACCGAACAAUUUCUCGAUUGUGGAAAAUCAGCAGAACGGUCCAUGAACUAGUUCGGGACAGGGGGUACGAAGUGUCCCAAGAAGAACUGACGCAGGAUAUUGCAACCUUCAGAGCGUACGCUGCGCCGGGAGGCACGAUCGACCGAAAUAGGCUAAACUUCUUCACCAAUCAUCAAGUGACUGUAGAUGACCGAAUAUUUGUGUUUUUUGCUGAUGAGAAGAACGUGAGCGUAAAACUUAUGCGACGUUUCCUUUCCAUAUUGGAAGAGAAACAGAUAAAACGGGGAAUUAUCAUCUACCCCGAGAAGAUGACGCCCUCAGCGAAGAAGGUUGUCACGGGUAUAAGUGAUUAUGAGUUAGAGGAUUUUGAAGAAUCAAGCUUGCUCGUGAAUAUCACAAAGCACACUCUUGUGCCGAAGCACGAGAUAUUGACGCCUCAAGAGAAGAAAGAACUUCUGCUUAAGUAUCGACUGAAAGAGACACAAUUGCCACGCAUCCAACUUACGGACCCGGUGGCCCGUUAUUACGGGCUUAGACGGGGAGAUGUUGUAAAAAUCACUCGCCCGAGUGAAACCGCUGGUCGAUAUGCUAGCUAUAGGAUAACCUUUUAG